CUCGGUCGGAUGGAGUUGGCGGUGGCCAGGAACUGAAAAUCGUCCGCAUCAAUGAAGAGUGCCUUGAACUUGACGAGGUUUCGUUGAAACGCAUUCUACUGGAUGACCGUGUCAAGGACAAGCCCAUAGCGGUCGUGUCAGUGGCCGGCGCCUUUCGCACGGGGAAGUCAUUCCUACUGGGAUUCUUCCUUUGAUACCUGCACAACUUGGGUCGCAGUGUCUGGCUUGGGGAUCCGGAUGCUCCACUGCGGGGCUUCCAAUGGCGCGAUGGCUGCGAACGUCACACAACAGGGAUCCUGGUGUGGAGCGAAGUUUUUCUGGUCAAGACGUCUAAAGACCAGGAGAUAGCUGUGCUUUUAAUGGACACCCAAGGGAUGUACGACGAUCACUCCACGAUUAAGGAAUCGGCAAUCAUCUUCGCUUUGAGCACAAUGAUGAGCUCGGUACUUGUCUACAACCUCUCACAAAACAUUCAAGAAAACGACCUCCAGUAUUUGGAGCUCUUCGUUGACUACGGCCGGUUGGCGCAACAGCAAAGGGCUGGCAAGCCCUUCCAAAAGCUGCUAUUUUUGGUGCGGGAUUGGUAUCACCUAAGGGAUGCACUAUACGGUGCUGACGGUGGGCGUAAGAUCCUGGAGCGACGUCUGGAGAUUUCAGAGGAUCAGCCCGAGCAGCUGCAGCAGCUGCGGCGGUACAUCCACUCCAGUUUCACGGACAUCGACUGCUUCCUGUUGCCCCAUCCUGGCAGAAAGGCGGCGACUGGUGUAUCGUUUGAUGGGCGUCUUGCGGAUAUCGACGAGGAGUUCAAGCAACAACUGCAGGACUUAGUUUCCUCACUUCUAGAUCCGGAUAAUCUGAUUGCCAAGAGUAUAAACGGUCAGGACAUCACUUGCCAGGAAUUUCACAUUUAUAUGAAGGCAUAUAUUGAAGUGUUCAAUGGAGGUGAACUUCCCGAGCCAAUGUCCGUGCUACAGGCGACAGCUAAAGCAAACAACCUGGCGGCAGUGUUCAAAGCGCUGAAGCUUUACAGGACCAACAUGAAACAACUGUGCAAGGGAGGCAAGAUGAGCGCGGAUAGGCUCAGGAGCUGCCAUGCGCGUGAACGUGAGCGCGCCUUGGACUUGUUCCAGAACACUGCCAAGAUGGGCGGGGAUGAGUUCUCCCUGCCGUAUUUGGAGCGGCUCACAAAGGAGAUCGACCAGUGGUUCAAGGACUUUGCCACUCGAAUGACGAUGAAGUCAUGUCUGGAGUCCAAGCGUUGCAGGAACGCGCAGCUCGGCGGCGCCACAGUUUUGACAAUUGGGACAGGAGCAUUCGUGGCUGCUGGGGUGCCAUUGGCUGCCGGCUGUUUCGCACUCGCGGCCCUCGUGGUACUGGUCAACCUCUCGCUGACCGGAUUCAAAGGGUGCACGAGCACCCCGGAAGAGGAGAGCCACGAGAUCGACGAGAGAGUUGUCCUAGUGGAAGUCAACGACGAAUUGCUUGAUGGGCGCCAGAAGACGUGUGCUGGGGCAACCACGAAUCUAAGAAGUCGGCAAGGAAUUUCUGCAGUCAAGGAGACGAGCUUCAACAGAGUGGAGGAGGAGGUCAACGAGUCACCAGAGAAGCUUGGCAAGCAGAAAAGAAGAAAAAAGAAUGUCUUUAGGAAGUUAUUUGUGAAGGCGCGCAGAAAGUCCCGCGGACCAACAGAGCUUGACCGACUGAAGCAAUGCUAAACAUCGCUGUACUUGAUAAUGAACGUGUGCAGUGUUUUGAAGCAACGAAGUGAAUAUAAACUACCCUUAUACGUUUCGUCAUCGCAGUCUACAACUUCACGUCCUGUGGAACUAAUUCUCUGUGUCAUUAAGAUAUGCAUUUCCAUUGUCGCUGUAAUGUCGUUUUGUGUGUUUCGUGACAGCCACAGCUACGCCAACCUGUAUUGUUUAUCAUAAAUAUGUUUGUCAAUCAAAUUGUUUCCCUCUUCCUGAUGUGUCCCUUUUGAGUAACGCUGGGAGAGAAUAGAAAAUGAAAAAUUCGGCAUGUGUGAGAAUGCGAAAGCGUUAUAACGUUUGUAGACCUCGCAACGUCAUGAACGCGUUCACUGCACGCAUGAACGUGCUCAUGAACACAGGCACUAGGUACACCUUGAGUCAUCCAGAACCCGUGGACGAGGCGUGAAUUCGGGGAGGCGUGUACUCGCAACUCGGAGGCCCGGGUUCGAUUCCCGCUCAGACCGAAAUGUACCAAAUUUUUUUUAAAGCAAUACAUUUACUUUGUUUAC